AUGCUAGCCUCAGAUUCCCUGACAGACAACAAUGACAUUGAUGUGCAUGCUCCCGCACAAACAUACUACACCACUGGAAUCAAUGCCGGCAGCAACAUCAACCGAUUGCGCACUCUUUCUGGGCGCCAUGAAAUACCCAAGCAUUCCACGAACAGUAAUGACAUGCCCUUUCAAAGAAAGCGCAGAGCAUCGCAUGAUGACAAGAACAAGGCACGGAAAUUUUUGCUUGAUGUCAAGGAGACACAAAGAAUCUUGGUUGAGCAAGAGGAUACGGAUGGCGAUUUUCAGAUUACCGUCAAUGAUUUGGGUCCAAAAUCGCUUCUCGUGGGCAGCGCUGACUCGGGUGGUUACCGCAAGAUUGAGAUCCGUGGCACAUACAUGCUAUCCAAUCUGUUGCAAGAAUUGGCGCUUGCUGAAGACUAUGGCCGCAAGCAUAUUGUACUGGAUGAAGCUCGUCUCAAUGAGAAUCCCGUUGACCGACUGUCUCGCAUGAUCCGACAUAACUUUUGGGAUGGACUCACUCGUCGUAUUGAUGCCGAAGGGCUGGAACGCAUCUGUUUAGAUCCUAAAAAUAGAUCUGCCAACCAUAGCCCUCGCAUCUAUAUUCCUUUUGACGAGGAUGAAGUAUUCGACUACUAUCAAAAUGUUGCCAACACCAAGAAACAUCUAGGCCUGGAAGUGGAGAGACUGCCUCAGGACAUCACGCCAGAGUACGUCCAGAGCAUCAACAGCAAGCCUGGUAUUCUGGCGUUGGCUCUCAAGAAGGUAAAGGACCUGGAUACUGGUGAAGCUACUUUUAGCGGUGUUCCGUUUGUUGUGCCUGGAGGUCGAUUCAACGAAAUGUACGGCUGGGAUUCCUACUUUGAAGCAUUGGGCUUAUUGAUUGAUCAUCGCGUGGAUUUGGCGCAAGGUAUGGUUGAGAACUUUGCUUACGAAAUCAAGCACUACGGGAAAAUCUUGAACGCCAAUCGCUCCUACUAUCUGACCAGAUCACAGCCCCCAUUUUUGACAGACAUGGCACGACAAGUCUAUUUAAGAUUAUCUGGGUGCGACAAUGACAAAAAAGCAUGGUUGCGUUCUGUGUUACAAGCUGCCAUGAAGGAGUACCACACGGUGUGGAUGGCUGAACCUCGUUUGGACCCCAAAACACAGUUAUCACGUUUCCGACCCGAUGGCAAAGGCAUUCCGCCUGAAACAGAGGCUUCUCAUUUUGACCAUGUCAUUCAACCCUAUGCCAUAAAAGCCAGCCUGAGCAUCAGUGACUACAUGGAAGCCUACAACAACGGUGCUAUUAAGGAACCCGAACUGGACGAGUACUUUUUGCAUGACCGAGCUGUUCGUGAAUCAGGCCAUGACACCACCUACCGCUAUGAGGGACGAUGUGCUAAUCUCGCUACCAUUGAUCUGAAUGCACUCUUGUACAAGUAUGAAACAGACAUUGCAGACAUGAUGACAGACUAUUUGGGCGGUGACCUUGUCGACUAUGAUGGCGUCGCGCAAGAAGCCUCUGUGUGGAGAAACCGUGCUCAAUUGAGAAGAAACCGCAUUGAUCACUACCUGUGGAAUGAGGAGCAUGGCAUGUAUUUUGACUAUGACACCAAAACAGAACAACAGAGCACAUACGAAACAGUGACAACCUUCUGGGCCAUGUGGGCUCAGUGUGCCAGUCAGGAACAAGCUGAGAAAAUGGCUCGUCAGGCGCUUCCCAAGUUUGAAGUAAUGGGUGGUCUCGUAUCUGGCACAGUGGAAUCAAGAGGUGUCAUCAGCUUGGAUCGCCCCAAUCGCCAAUGGGAUUUCCCUUUCGGCUGGAGUCCUCAUCAAAUUCUCGCCUGGCGUGGGUUUGAGAACUAUGGUAUGACUGAUAUCCAACAGAGGCUAGUCUAUCGCUGGUUGUAUAUCAUCACCAAAUCAUUUGUUGAUUUUAAUGGUGUUGUGCCUGAAAAGUAUGACGUUGUGAGUUUGACGCAUAAGGUGCAAGUGGAAUACGGUAAUGUGGGUGUAGACUUCAAGUAUGUUCCUCGCGAGGGGUUUGGCUGGAUGAAUGCAUCCUAUCAAAUUGGCUUGAGCAUCAUUCCAAAGCAGAUGCGUCGUGCACUUGGUACAUGUACAAGUCCGGAUGUCUUUUUUGAGAGAACCGCUGCCGCUAACAAGAGGCAGCAUGUGGUUGAAACAGCUAAAGCCAUCACUCAGAAUGGUCAAACGACGGCUGCGAUUACUGUUAUCGUUCCACCAGAAUCAUCGGUUAUCAUCAACAGUGGAUUCAAGAGAAAGGCCCCUUCGUUGUCACCUGAUACGAGUCAGCAAGAUCUUGCAUCAUAUGCUACUAUGGAUAGCGCACUUACUACACCAGAAGAUGAGUCUAAUUUUUAUGUCUAA